GCUGAGAAGCGGAAUGUGCGAACUUAACCACUGCACCACCGGGCCGGCCCCCACCUUCCCAUUUUAAAGAUGGAAAACUGAGGCCCACAGAGGAGACAGGGUUUGUCUGUAUUGUGUCUGCCUCUGAGGCCCCGGGCCCUGCUCUUGGUGGCCUUGGACUUUUUGUGGAGGAUGUGACCCUGGGCUGUGUCCCUCAGAACGUGGGAGGCUAGAGGAAUAUUUAUUUGUCCUGGAGACUCUGCAGAGAGGGAGGGGCUGGGCACACAGUUGGAGGCUGGGAGCGGGGAGCGGGCCGUGGGUGCUGGGGGAGGAAAACCUCAGAGCGCCCCAUGGGGAGAGCAAACCCAGGCCAAGAGCCCCAGGCCUUGAAGAUCAGACCACACACAGGUGUGGCUUCCAGGAAGCGGGUGACACUGAGCCUGGGGUGGGGGAACGCAGCCAGCUCUCCACCCACCGGAGCCCUGUCCAGCUCCUUCUAGUGCCUGGUAAUUUUGGGAUGUCUGAGUCACGGGAAGAACACAGGACAAAUACACCCUGGGGGUAGGAAAAGGCCACUCCUGUUUGUCCCUGGUUAUGGAGAUCUGCUGGGGCCGGUGAGGUGGCAGUGCCCGGCGGCGUCCCACCGGAGCCCUGGCCAACGGGGCAAACUUCCAGGAAUCCACCAGCUGCCGGACGAGGAGGAGGGACCCCAGGCCUCCCGGGUCCUGGCUGUGGGCCCGCAUCGAGUCCCAAGUGGCAUUUGGCUGAACUGGGGAUCCUCUUGCAAGAGACGGUGUCUGCGGCCUGGAUGGAGAACGCGUCCCUCAACUACGACUACGCGCACUACGACCACCUGCCCGACCUCCCCGUGGACUGCGCGGACCACGCCUGCGCCUCCACCGACCCCCUGGGCACUGCCCCGCUCCUGCUCUAUGCCGCUGUCUUCCUGGUGGGGGUGCCGGGCAACGCCAUGGUGGCCUGGGUGACCGGCAAAGAGGCCCGCCAGAGGGCGGGUGUCACCUGGCUCCUCCACCUGGCCAUGGCAGACCUGCUCUGCUGUGGCUCCCUCCCCAUCCUGGCCGUGCCCAUCGCCCGCGGGGGCCACUGGCCGUUUGGGGCCGUGGGCUGCCGGGCCCUGCCCUCCGUCAUCCUGUUGUCCAUGUACGCCAGCGUCCUGCUCCUGGCUGCGCUCAGCGCCGACCUCUGCCUGCUGGCCCUCAGGCCCACCUGGGGGACCGCGGCUCGGCGGAUGCACAGGGUGCGUGCGGCCUGUGUGGCAGCCUGGGCGCUGGCCUUGCUGCUGACCGUCCCCUCGGCCAUCUACCGCCGGCUGCACCAGGAGCAUUUCCCACGCCGGCUGGAGUGCGUGGUGGACUACGGGGGCUCGGUCAUGGCUGAGAGCACCGUGACCGCCAUCCGGUUUAUUUUCGGCUUCCUGGGGCCCCUGGUGGUCGUGGCCAGCUGCCACGGUGCCCUCCUGUGUCACGUGGCCCAACGCCGCUGGCCGCUGGGCAUAGCCGUGGUGGUGGGGUUCUUUGUCUGCUGGGCCCCCUACCAGAUGCUGGGGCUGGUCCUCGCCGUGGCUGCCCCACACUCCGCGCUCCUGGCCCGGGCCCUGCGGGCUGAACCCCUGGUCGUGGGCCUUGCUCUUGCUCACAGCUGCCUCAAUCCCGUGCUUUUCCUGUAUUUCGGGCGGGCUCAGCUGCGCCGGUCACUGCCAGCCGCAUGUCGCUGGGCCCUGAAGGAGUCACAGAGCAAGGAUGAAAGUGAGGUCAGCAAGAAAUCCACCAGCCAUGACCUGGUCUCGGAGAUGGAGGUCUAGGCUAGCCGGAAACUGGUUUGUAUCUUCCUGUCUCAUUUCACAAGGUAGCUUCAGGCAUAGCUGGAUCCAGGGGAUCAAUGACAUUGUCAUGUAUUCUUUUAUUCAUUCAAAACAUUCGUUAUGCACCUGCUGUGUGAAAGGCCCUCUUAUAGGCACUGGGGAUGUAGCAGUGACCAAAACAGAGACAAAUCCCUACCCUCAAGGAGCUAACAUUCCAGUGGAGGAAGACGGACAAUAAGCAAAGAAAUGGAGGAAUGUGGAAUAUGUCAAGUGGUGAUAAAUGCUGAGGAACCUAAAGGAGCAAAGAGGGAUGAGUGGGGCAGGGAUAUAGGUCAGCCAGGCAAGGCCCCUUGGGUAAGACGAUAUUUUGAGCCAAGACCUGAAGAAAGGAGGGAGGAGUCAUGCUUAAAUCUGAGAGAAAAGCAUUCUAAGCAAGAGAACAGCAAGUGCAAAGGCCCUGGGGCAGAAUGUGCUUGGCAUAUUCCAGGAACAGGGAAGAGGCCAGUGUGGAUGGACCAGCGUGAGCAAGAGGGAGAGUGGUGUGAGAAGAAGGGAGAGAGGUAGUGGGGGGCCGGACUUGGAAAGGCUUUGGGGCCAUAGCGUGUGUCUGGGGGUCCAUGGGAGGGUUCUGAGCUACCAUUACCAGACAAAAUACAAACACCCAAUUAAAUUUGCGUUUCAGACAAACAACAGCAAAAUUUGUUUAGCAUGAGUAUAUCCUAUGCACUAUUUGAGACACACUUAUGCUAAAAAACUGUUGGUUGUUUAUCUGAAAUUCAAAAUGGAGCAUUCUAUAAAUUGUUUUUCUAAAUCAGAAAACCCUGUUCUGACCAGACAAGCAUCUUGAUUUGACUCCGAUUUUAGUAGGAUUCCUCUGAUUGCUGAUGGGGACUCUGGGAGAGGAGGGAAGGGAAGUGAGGAGUCUACUGUAAUAGUCCAAGCAAAUGAUGGUGACUUGGAUCAAAGUCCUAGUGGCAGAGGUGGCGAGAGAGCGACAGACUAUGGAUCUAUUUUGAAGGAAAGGCCACGUCCAAGCUCCUGAGUUUAGUAUUCGAGGCUUCUUUCCACAUGUUCUAGCUGCUCAGAUCCUGUAGCAGACGAAAUAAUGGCCCCUCAUGAGGCCCAGACCCUAACCCCCAAACCUUUGAAUCUGUGACCCUACACGGCAAAAGGAACCUCGCAGAUGUGGCUAAGUUAAGGAUCUUGGGGUGGGGAGAGGAUCCUAGGUUAUCCAGCUGGGCCCAAUGUCAUCUCUAGGGUCCUUAUGAGAGGGAGGCAGGAGCGUCAGAGUCAGUGGGAGGAGAUGUGACAAGAGAAACAAACAUCAGAGUGAGUGAGGAAGGGGCCACGAGCCAAGGAAUGCGGGCACCUCCAGAAGCUGAAAAAGUCCAGGGAAAUGGAUUCUCUCGAAGCCCCCAGAAGGAACGCAGACUAGCUGACACCUUGACUGUGGCUUCCGACUCCAAAACUGUAAUAGAAUAAAUUUGUGCUGUUUUUAAGUCA